GUACCCCUUCCACCAAUGGUGGCUGAGGGAUGCCGGAUCGAGUGGCCCGGGCGAGUGCACAUAAAAGCCGCCCCGCCCGGCUCGCGCUUCAUUCUGAGCCGAGCCAGGUGCCGCGCAGCCAGCUCAGCCCCCUGCGGCUGCUCCCUCCCGGCCUCUCCUCCUAAGAGCAGCAUGAAAGCCUUCAGUCCUGUGAGGUCCGUUAGGAAAAACAGCCUGUCAGACCACGGCUUGGGCAUCUCCCGAAGCAAAACGCCGGUGGACGACCCGAUGAGCCUGCUCUACAACAUGAACGACUGCUACUCCAAGCUCAAGGAACUGGUGCCCAGCAUCCCGCAGAACAAGAAGGUGACCAAGAUGGAAAUCCUGCAGCACGUCAUCGAUUACAUCUUGGACCUGCAGAUCGCCCUGGACUCGCACCCCACGAUCGUCAGCCUGCACCACCAGAGACCUGGACAGAACCAGGCGUCCAGGACGCCGCUGACCACCCUGAACACGGACAUCAGCAUUCUGUCCUUGCAGGCAUCUGAAUUUCCUUCUGACCUUAUGUCGAACGAUAGCAAAGUACUCUGUGGCUGAAUAAAUGGAGAACAAUUUGAAUGGACCUUUUUAAAAAGAAAAACAAAUGGAAGGAAAAGGGAGAGUGAUCAUCUUCCCCAGGAGUUCUCCAGGCCGGACUGUGAUACCGUUAUUUAUGAGAGACUUUCAAUGCCCUUUCUACAGCUGGAAGGUUUUCUUUAUAUACUAUUCCCACCAUGGGGAGCGAAAAACGUUAAAAAUCACAAGGAAUUGCCCAAUUGAAGCAGACUUUACCUUUUUUCAAAGGUGGAGCGUGACUACCCGAAGGACCCAGUAUUCGGUUACUUAAAUGAAGUCUUUGGUCAGAAAUGGCCUAUUUGACACGAGCCUACUGAAUGCUGUGUAUAUAUUUAUAUAUAAAUAUAUAUAUAUAUAUAUAUUGAGUGAAACCUUGUGGACUCUUUAACUAGAGUUUUCUUGUAUAGUGGCAGAAAUACCCAUUUCUGCAUAAAAAUGUAAUGACGUACUUAAUGCUAAACUUUUUAUAAAAGUUUAGUUGUAAACUUAACCCUUUUAUACAAAAUAAAUCGUGUGUUUAUUGAAUGUUGAUGCUUGCUUUAUUUCAGACAACCAGUGCUUUGAUUUUUUUAUGAUGCUAUGUUAUAACUGAACCCAAAUAAAUACCAGUUCAAAUCUAUGUAGACCAUAUUAAGAUUAUAAUAAAAUGUGUCUGACGUCAA